AUUCAAUGGUCAUGCAUUCCAACUUUAUCCUUUUAUUGUAGCAUCAAUCGUUGGUUUAGCACAAAGCCAUGCUGUCCGAAUUGUAAUAAAAAGAUGCUACCCACGAGCGUUAUUGGCCCGUUAUACAUCGAAAAUGCUUCUGCCCUCAAAGGCGAUCUACAAACCGAUUCAUCGGACGAUCGGAAUAAAGAAGUUGAUCGACAAGAGUUAUCCGUCUUACACCUCCAACUUUCGCAACUUCAACAAAUCAAUCAAAGCCUUGAACGAAAAGUGAAUUAUUUGAAGUCUCUUCGAAGGUAAAUAUUGAAUGUUUCGUUACCUCAAAAAAGAGGGGGGAGGGGGUAAAAAAUGGAUGGGAAAGAUACGAGGAGAAGAAUCAUGUUCUAUUUGUUACUCAUGCUGUUUGUCCAAUAGUAUCAGUGAACAGGAUGGUCGUCUAGAAUCUCCUACUGCCUUGGGCCGGAUCCGAUUCUGGGAAACGCUAGAGAAAUCCGAUAUCGUGAAGCUUCUGGCAACCGCGACUGGAAUGAAGGAGGACUCAGAGUGUAAGCUUCGUGUAGCAAAUGAGGAGCUGGAAAAGACUAAGGUCAAAUUAUCAAUUACCGAGGAUGAAAAAAGUUUCUUUGAGAAGAAAUUCAAUAAACUCAAGGACAAGCUGUAUGCUGCGCAAAAGUCCAAAUUCCGAGCAAGUCAUAAUAAUACUAGUCGUGUACACAGCGAGGCUGGCCCAUCGAGUGCACGAGGUAGCAGCAGUUCAAGGGCAGCGGAUACAACAGCGAAGAGGAAGGAGGCAGUGCCGCCUACCGUCGACUCGGAUGAAUCUACAGACGAUGAAUUGCCUAUAAACUCACGAACCGUGCCCAAUAAAAGAACACAUUCUGAAUCUAGCCACCGUAACCACAACGAACGCAUACCGCCAUAUGCAAAUCCAGCUUAUCGUCGAUCAGCAGCGCACUUUAAACUACCAACAAAUUCGCAUAAUAAGCAUUCCAAUGAUUUAUUGAUAAGAGACAAAGCAGCAAGAAAAAGGCGUCGAAGCGAGACGGAUGAAUCGGACGUUGAUGACAGCAUCCAGAAUGAUGGUAGCCAUGAUAGUGGCACUGCCAGAAUACUAGAUUUGAACAAUGAUGACGAUGAAUUAAAUGGAAACGACAGUUUCGAUGAUGCAGAAAUUAUUAUGAGUAGUAACCGGGGAAUAAGAAAGCGUAAUGCAACGUGCGCAUUAUCGCUCUCCAUCACCUCCGGUCAUUGAAAUAAGCGACGAAGAGUAACUGGUUUACAUUUCCGAGACGUGAUAUGAUAUACAUAUCUGAC